CCUACAUCGUUUUGCUUACCACCCCCACCGCACUCAAAGUAGACAGCAUUGCAGCUUGGAUACAUGCUUCUCAUGUAAAGCCAGCCCGACCCACCGAUUCAGCCACUGCAUCGGAAUGGACUGCGCACUGCACUCAAAAUCCUUUAAAGAUAAGACUCUCUCGUACACCCUCCUAUUGAUUGUUUGUCUGUUUAUCCCCCAUGUAGCAACCAGCCCCUAUACCAUUCAUGCGUUAACCUGGCAGGUACUUUCCCAGUCAGGGGAGGUCAUUUAUGAGACCACCAAAAACCAUGCCCUUGGUGUAUGGUGGCCUACAUUGACACCCGAUUUCUGUGACUUGGUCGCUGGUCUAGACACCUGGGACAUCUCACACUGUUACCCUAAGGCUUGUAGCAACGAAAACGAUUUGCCACGAUUUCGCAGGUCACUCCAAAGUUCGAGAGACACCACUCCUGGAUGUAGCAGUCAACAGGCCAAAGACCAACUGUCGGGUAGUGACUUUUAUGUCUGUCCCAGAGACGGACGGGCCUGGAAGAAGACUCAGACUUGUGGGGGUUAUGAACAGUUUUUCUGUGCCACUUGGGGAUGUGAAACGACAGGGGAUGCUUACUGGAAGCCUUCAUCCUCAUGGGACAAGAUUCAAGUAACCAGAGGAUGGCAAAAGGGCUCCACCGGCACCACCUCUAUGCCUCUCCUUAUUUCCUUUACGGAUGAGGGUAAGAAAGCAACAGAAUGGCAGAACGGAUAUGCUUGGGGCCUUCGCUGGUACCUGUCGGGACCAGACCGGGGGGCCAUCUUUAAAAUUAGACUCAAAGUAAAAACUAUCACCAAAACCAUGGGCCCAAACCCAGUUCUGGCAGACCAGAAACCCCCCACCAAGCCUCAUGGGUCUCGGCCCCAUAGGCCUCUAUCCCAUCUCCCACCCUCAUCAACACCCUCAUCCAAUACUGCCACCCUUACUCUUACGACUCCAGUUCACACCCCCACCUCCCCAUAUCCAGGGACAAGGGACAGAUUACUUGAACUAAUACAAGGGGCUUACUUGGCCCUCAAUUCCUCAGACCCCAACAAGACUCAGGAAUGCUGGCUAUGCCUAGUUUCCCGGCCCCCAUAUUAUGAAGGCAUAGCAGUACUGGGCAACUACUCUAACCAGACCUCAGCGCCUACCAGUUGUGGAGCUGCCAUGCAGCACAAGCUCACAAUGUCUGAGGUCUCAGGAAAGGGGCUAUGCAUAGGCAGGGUUCCUCCCUCACAUCAAGAGUUAUGUAACCAAACAGAGCCAUUAUCUCAGGACAGCCGAUACCUUGUUGCCCCUUAUGGAACUUAUUGGGCUUGCAGUACUGGUUUGACACCCUGCGUCUCUACCACUGUCCUCAAUGCCACCAUUGACUUUUGUAUAUUGACAGAACUUUGGCCCAAAGUCACAUACCACCAACCUGAGUAUGUUUACAGCGUACUAGAGAAAUCAACCCGACAUCAGAGGGAGCCAAUGUCCUUAACCGUGGCCCUAUUAUUAGGAGGAAUAACAAUGGGGGGUAUAGCAGCUGGAAGAGGGACCAGUACGGUUGCCUUGCAGGAAACUAGUUAUUUCAAACUUCUACAACAAGCCAUGCAUACAGAUAUCCAGGCCCUAGAAGAGUCAGUCAGCGCACUCGAGAAAUCCUUAACAUCACUCUCUGAGGUAGUCCUGCAGAACAGACGAGAGUUAGAUUUAUUAUUUCUACAGGAACGGGGACUAUGUGCUGCCCUCAAGGAAGAAUGCUGCUUUUAUGCAGACCACACAGGAAUAGUUAGGGACAGCAUGGCCAAACUUAGAGAAAGACUUAAGCAGAGGCAACAACUAUUUGAGUCUCAACAGGGAUGGUUCGAAGGAUGGUUCGCUAAGUCCCCCUGGUUCACUACCCUUAUAUCCAUUCUCAUGGGACCUCUGAUUAUUCUAUUUUUAAUCCUUAUAUUUGGUACCUGCAUUCUAAAUAAGAUGACUCAAUUCAUCAGAGAACGACUAUCUGUCAUACAGGCCUUAGUCUUAACUCAACAAUACCAUCAGCUAAAGCAAAUAGAUCCAGAAUAUCCAGAGACCUCUGAAUGAAAGAUUCCAUUCAGUUACAAGAGAAAUGGGGGAAUGAAAGACCACUGCCCCUUAAGCUCUCUCUCUCUCUCUCUUGGGCUAGCUAAAUUACAGACCAAGAGACCAAGACCACCCAGAACCAUUUCUGAGAAUAGAAGGUCAGGGCGUUAUGACUACUUGUUUGCCACACAGGAUAUCUGUGGUCAGCCAUCUGGACGCGGAGGGAGGAACUACCGGGUCUGUUGUAACCACUGUGUACCCAAGAUAGAGCCAAGUCAGCUUCGUCUGAUUACCAGACCUUGAGAACUUGCUAACCUGAAAUAACUCUGUGCCUCAUUUGAAUUGUCCAAUAGAAUCCCUGUAACUAUGCUUUUCGCUUCUGUACUAUGCUUUUUGCUAUAUAAGGACCCCUCUCCCUUGGCUCGGUGCGCUUGGCCUCACAGAAGCUAAGU